CUAAAUUAAGAGACCCAUUCUUCCCAUUCUUAUUGUGCUAGCCUCGCAAGCCGAAAGAACCUCAACCGAAGCCUUCAGCCCCCGUCUGGAUUUGGUCGGGCAGCGAGUUACUCUUAUUCCCCAACCGCAGAACCGCGACUCCCAGAGUUUCAUCCGCUGCAGAGGCGGGAGCAUGAGGAGGAUAGUUCCCUCACGCGCUAAGUAUCCUCCUUUGCGAUCAUCACUGCUUCACAGUUCCCUCGCUCCGCACCAUGGCCUCGACUAAGGUCGGAUGCGAGAGGUCGCCAUCGAUCACUUCCCCAUGGGAAACGGCGGUGCUCAGGCCAAGCAGGGCAAACUGGCACUGUAUGCUCCACCGUGCCUUCUGGGUGGUCCUCACAAUGGUGGCCCCCGGGUGUUUCCCCGCAAGAUCCUACAGGAACAAGUAGAAUACCUACCGAAGCUGCCUUGCCCGUUAAGCACCUGGGUAGGCGGGAGGCGAGGAAGCCAUGGCGUCUCUCAACCCACUCUCCAAAGAGGGGUCUUACCGCUACUAUAACAGUGUGCCUGAAUUUGGAUUAUGGCUAGGAGACCGAAAUAGUUCGGUGAGUUUUUAAUUAAAAAUGAGAUUGGAACUAACUAAAUUAUUUCUCGCGUACAAUGCUUGUAAUGAAACGUAUGUCACAAGGAAUUUUGACAGAUGACUAAUGAUAGAUUAUGUCAGAUUUACAAAAAUAAAUCGUCAAGACUUAAGGCGUUGAAGUUUGUUUUCACUUUUAUUUUGUUAUUAUACUGUAAAUUGUAGUUGUUUUAUGAAAAAUUCCAACAUGGUUAUGAGCAUUUUCAGUUGGUUUGGUCUCGUUACUGUUAUUAUUACUGGAUUGUUUGGUUUUGGGUGGUAUUUAACGUUUCUUGCGUUUAUCGUCUCAUUUCUGGCUGGUGUUAUUACAGUUCUUUACUUUACAUACGACGAAAAAAGUAUAUUCUCAGUUGAUUUGGAUUGUCUGGAUGAUCCAUUACAGCAGACAAACUUUUCUAUUCAAGUACCAAAGGUGCUAGAACUAUUUAAAGAAGAAACUCCGUUGCCAAAGUUUGACAACAGAAUUACGGGCAGUGAGACCGUAGAUUCAUUCCUGAAUGAGAUUAUAACGAUAAUUAUAAAUGAUUAUGUGUGCCCGUGGUAUGAGAUACUGACAAAUGAUGAGGAACUUACUAACCAUUCUAUAAAACGGUUGGUGCUGGCAGCUGGUGCUAAUGUAGCUAAUAGAGUGAAAUGUGUGGAUUGGAUCCACUUACUGUCCACCCGAUUUCCUGAAGAGUUGACUACACAUUUGAAACUAUUUAAACAGUCAAGAGUGAGAUUGAAACAUGUAGAUUUGAUGACUGCUAAAGAUGUAUCCAAUGGUACAAGUCGACCAAGUCCGAAGAAACAAGAUGAUAGGAAAACUCAUAGAAGGAAUAAAAGUGACACUGAUUUGUCUUGGCCACCAGAUGCACAAACAUUUGGAAAAUCAAAGUUUUACGACAGUUCUGAGAACAUAAGUGGGAAGACUUUGAAGGAUAUAUUUUUCGAACUGGAAUGUUCUAUAGAGAACAGACAGCUGUGUCGCGAUAUUUAUUGCAUGGACCCUGAAAAGGAAUAUGAGUUACUAUGCGAAGUGUCCGAAGCUGUUCUAUAUUUGGUUGCGCCGGAGGAAGCGUGGCGGUGUCACGCGUUAAAACUGAUUCUGAUCGAGUUGUUGUCCGCUGUUGUAUUACGGCCCAUGAUCAAUUUGUUGAGCGACCCUGACAAUAUAAAUAGGACUAUUUUACGAAGUUGUUGCCGGGAUUCCUGUCUACCAUCAGAGUUGUUUCUGGUCGUCAUCAGGUGUUGUACCGACGCCGAAGAAUUGGAUGCCACUGUGGAACUAGUUCAAAAAGAUAUACAGAAAUUACAUUCCAGAGAUAGUGCAGGCGAAUGGGAGCUACAAGACAGACAGAAGCUGUCGUCUCUACAAUACUUAAGCAGGAUAAUCCAAGCUAGAAGGGCGACAUUAGGACCUCAGGAAGGCCUUUCACACACUAACACUCCAGAUAAAGUAUCUGAAGAGGUCGCAAGGUCUUUAAAGUUUUUGAGAGCCAGCACUGCUUGGAGGUCGAAUGCGCAAUAUUUGUUGGAGAUUGAGUUAAAUGAGGCUGACGCACCGCACACUUCAAAAGCUGUGCUAGACAAUUUACGAUCAUCGGCACUGGAGCUCUGUGAUCUCUACUUGGCUCCUAACAGGCCAACUGUCAUGGGUAUACCGGAGAACUGCUAUGGAGAGCUGGUUAGGAAGAUCACGACUGAAGGCGAAGAGUUUACCAAUAAUCCCGUGAUGUGCUUUGAUGAGGUCCAGAAAUGUGUUUGUGAUGCACUUGAGGACGAUCCAUCCUGGCAAAGCGAUUAUAUGAUGGAUAGCGAAGACAGUUCAGAUAAAAGCAGCGAUAUAAAAAAGGACGACAAACCAGAAAAGAAAUACAGCGGCGACGUACUCCCUGUACCUGGAACAAGGCAUAACAGGUCCAGAUCCGAUAUUGUGGGCAAUAUGUCACAGAGGAUGAUGAUCAACGAAAGCGCAGGCCCAUCCAACUUAUCAUCAGCAAACAGUAGCAACCUUUCCCUUUCUCAUUCAGAAAUAAGUCGGAACGCCAAAAACUUGAUGUCUCCAUUGUCAGCGUGUAUUAUUGAAACUGCUCUAGUACAGGACAAAGGACGAGCUUUUGGUAUAUACGCUAUAGCCGUGACUAGACUAUCAGAUAACGAAGUGUGGCACAUAUACAGAAGAUAUAGCGAUUUCUAUGAUCUACACUCUUCUAUUAAGGAUAAGUGGCCGGAAUUAAGCAGCCUCCCAUUCCCAGGAAAGAAAACGUUUCAGAACACAUCUCGUACGGUUUUAGAAAGCCGGAAACGAAUGUUAAACACUUACUUACAAACUUUAGCGAGUUUAGCCAGAGAUGCCAAGUAUAUGACACUGUUGUCUCCUGACUAUUUGGGUGGGUUCCUUAGUCCAGAGAAUCAGACUGAGAAACAUAGCAAUACGAUUGAUGCUCUCCUUGUGAAUUCUUUGAGAGCCGGUAUGAGAACUUUGAAGAAUAUGCCUGAUCAGUUCGCUAACACCGUAGAUGGCGUUAUGGAUGGUAUUUCUAAAGUAUUUCAAGGGAAGAGUGAAGAAAAUUAUUACGAUGGCAUCAAAAGUGGAAAUUCUUCUGAUGGACAAGAGGAAAACGAUGAAAGUGUGGCACUGAAACUAUUCGAAGAGGUAUUAGGUAUAAGAGGUCUGUGGUUGAGAAGACGUCUCCUAGCUCCCAUCAGGACAUUGAUAGCAGACCGAGUUAAUAAAAAGGUGCUUGAAUUCGUAUCGUCCCUAACGUCACCGCGGAACGUCGUCCAAUAUUUGAAAACAUUUAAGCAAUGGUUGACUAGUCGGAAUAGUUCGAGUAUCGGCAACAGAGAUGCUGCAACGAAAGCCAGGACGCGGGUCGCCGCUAAAGUUGCCUUGCUAUCAGCUUGCUCAGAUGACUUGCGACACAUAGUGGGAUCAGACACGGCUAGAAGAGGUUUGCUGACUGUAUUUGAUCUGUUCCAAAACCAGGAGAUCAAUAGGAGAUUAAUAUUUGUGCUGCUUGAAACGAUGCUAACAAACUUGUUUCCUGAUAACAAUAUACCAGAGUUAUUUAAGAAGAUGUAUUCACAUUCACCGCGCGUGCCUCCGCCCAAGAAAUCUGUUAACGUAUGAACAAACCAUACACAUUAUCUGUUGAUUUCCU